AGGGGGUCAAAAACAAUGAGACACCAUAUAGUAAUGAAAAGCAUCAUCGCAUGGUUCUGUCCUUUCAUUCUGCAAAAGUGAACAGUGUUGUCCAUGACACGGUUUGAAUGAGAACGCGUGAAGACUUGAGAGAAGACUUGGGCACUUGGCCUUCCAGUUGAUCUCGCGACUGCUUGUUGAGACUUGAGAGAAUUAUUAUCAGUUCAAGAUCGAACAAAUCUUUUCAUACUACUUCAUCCUUCAGACUCUGAAUCCUUGCAAUGGCACUUGAUGUUAAUGGAGUUGGGUGUUCUUCAAGCUCUUACGGAUCAACUAAGAGACGGAAAUACGAUGUGUUUUUGAGUUUUCGAGGUGAAGAUACUCGCACAAGCUUUACUGAUCAUUUAUAUGAUUCUUUAAGACGCAAAGGAUUAAGAACUUUUAGGGAUGAAGAAGGACUUGAAAGGGGACAAUAUAUCAACCCAAGUUUACUACAAGCCAUUGAAGAAUCUUGUUCUGCAAUUGUUGUGCUCUCCCCAGGAUAUGCUUCUUCAACGUGGUGUUUGGAUGAACUCCAAAAGAUUCUUCAUUCGAAAAAAGAGUUGGGUCUUCAAAUAUUUCCAAUCUUUUAUGGUUUAGAUCCUUCUGAUGUUAGGAAACAAAAGGGAAGUUUUGAAGAAGCAUUCAUGAAGCAUGAAGAAAGAUUUACACAAGACAAAAUGAAGGUGCACAGAUGGAGGCAUGUUUUAAAAGAAGUUGCUAGCUUAUCUGGAUGGGACUCACGGAAUAGGCAUGAAACAGAAUUCAUUGAAAGCAUUGCAAAAGAAAUGAAGUCUAAGUUACAUGAUGAAUCGCCAUUUGAUCUUGGUGCAUUAGUUGGAAUUGAAUCACAAUUAGAUGAGUUGGAGUCACUCAUAGCAAUUGAUUCGGAAGGAGUUUGAUCUAUAGGAAUAUGGGGAAC